CGUCCUGUCAUGACUCUUGUUUGAGAAAUGUUUUUGCUUCGCAUAUUUAAAUCGAUCCUUUGUGAGAACAAAUGAAUCACAUUAGUUUUUCUUUUUCAACGGUUUUUUACACUUAAAAAUAUUUUUCAGUUUGACCUACUUUGCGAUCACCACCAUGACCGUAAUUAUGCAACCUUUAAUCUCGACUCAGCGCGAAACAGUAUUUAUGAAAGAAAAUAUCCACACGUCACCCAUCUAGAAAAAUUCGUCACUCUAAGCCAUCUAUUACUUUAUUAUUUAUCGCAAAGUAAUAAGAAAGAAGAGUCGAAAUUAUUAUAAGUCAGGAUAGAUAUAAAAAUAGUCAUGUUAAUACAAAUAUAUCUUAUUUUCCAUUUCGAGACGGUUCUUAUUAAUAUUACUUUAAAAAUGACUGCUCUUUAAGUGCUCUUUUAGAUGUCAACGGAUCGGCUGCAGCUUAACGAUAACAAAACGGAUUUCAUUGUGAUAGGAACUAGGCAAUAGUUGUCGAAAGUUGACAUUGACUCGCUGUAUGUAGGGAGUAGGUCCUUCCCGUCUUCCUCUGUAGUCAGGAAUCUAGGAUGUCGGCUUGAUAAUCAACUCAACAUGGAAACCCGUAUUAAUAAACGUGCAAAUCUUCUUUCUUUCUUCUACAUAAUAUCCGAGAAGAAUCGGGAUAUUUCCGAGUCUCGACGAUACUCAAACUUUGGUCAAUGCCUACGUUACAUCCCGCUUAGACUACAAUAGCAUUAUUUACAGUCUAGUUGCCAUUGAAUUGCAGAAGCUCCAGAGUGUUCAAAACACUGCUACUAGUGAUUCUUCCAGGUUUGUUUGUAAGAUAAGUCGCUUUGAUCACAUCUUACCAACCCUAUCGCAUGGAGUUCAAGAUCUUACUAACUACCAACAAGAUGACUUUUGUUUCCAGACAUUCUACUUUGCUGUUUGGGGCAAUACUGUUUACGAUUCCAAUCUUAUCUUCAGCGCAUGGAGUCCCUAUUAGAUUCAAGAACUGUGCUGAGCUGCACGAGUCUGGCCAGACAAUCAGUGGUGUUUAUACAAUCAAACCUGAUCAUUCAGAUGCCUUUGAUGUAUAUUGUGACCAGACGACAGACGGUGGGGGCUGGACAGUGUUCCAGAGAAGAAUAGAUGGUUCUAAGCGACUGUCGAGGAUUCUCUCAGUGCUCAUGACGACUCUAAGUUUAGCACCUGGGAUCGAAAGCAUCAUCACUGCACUAAAAAAGGAAGGGAGAGUUGGUGGUUCAAAGACUGUUAUUUUCUUUCAAAUCUAAACGGAGUUUAUGGAUAUAACGGAAUUGGAAAGAUUCACUGGGGAAUUUUAGAUCCUAAGGAUGCUAACCGCGCUCCAACAACAUCAGAAAUGAAAAUCAGAUCGGUGGUAUUUUCUAAGAGCUUUCGAAACGAACAUUUCGACUCUAAGACUUGGCUCAGACAAAUGAUCGACCAGAAAGGCAAACGGCAUUGGCAAGGAAAGAGGCGGUUGAGCCUUGGACCACAGAUAGAAAAUUAAAAAAAUAGUCGACUUAGACACUUUAUUGAGGCGUAAAUGAAUAUCAUGCCUUUUAUACAAGAGAAGAAAAAGUUGAUUUGAAGUAAAAGGCGUAAUUUUAGACAAGUCACUAAAUGUGGAGCUAUUUAAUUAGAAGACAUGUAUUUGGCCAUUAUAAAUGAGAUCUCAAAUUUUCUAAUAAAUUGUUUCAACCAA